CGACUCCAUUAUAUAAUCAUCAAGCUGGCGUCCGAGACAUGAGCUCUCUCAUCAAUCCCUCUACUAUCAGAAAUUCUAACAUACUCGAAGUAAACAUGGAUUCACAGGUCAAGUACCUCCUCUCACUCCAAGCCGUACGGGACCGUGCGAAGAUCGUGGGAGAGGCGGCCGAGGCCGGGAACCUGACUCAUUUCGACCUACACAAGGACAAGCUCGACGACGCCGCGGACUUCGUAACGUCCGUCAUCAAGCGUGACUUCGGCCCGGACAAGUUCGACACGAUUCCGCCGCACGGGCGCUGGCAGCACUUCGAGGUCGGCGGCGUGCCGCGCGUCGCGGACAUGACGCGGGCGUGGAAGGAAGAAGGAGAAGGCGGCUGCGACGACGUCGAGCUCUCCCGCCGCCUGAUCGACUUGUUCUUCGUCUCCGUGCUCCUGGACGCGGGAGCGGGCGACCACUGGCGCUUCGUCGAGCCCGGAUCCGGCCGGACGUACGAGCGCAGCGAGGGGAUUGCCGUGGUGAGCCUUUAUAUGUUUAAGGCUUUGGCUUUCACUGCUGAGAAGGAGGGGGGUAUUCCUAAGGUCGAUGGAAAGGGCCUAGAGCAGUUGACGACGGAGGCACUCACGGCAGGCUUCCAGGUGUCUGACAGCAACCCAAUGCUCGGAGUCGAAUCUCGUGCUGGACUUCUCAGGAGCCUGGGCAAAUCUCUUCUCGCUCACUCCGACGUAUUCGGAGCCGAAGGUCGCCCUGGAAAUCUGGUUGACCAUAUGCUGAAAACCGCCGGCGACUCCUCGAAGCUUGAUAUCCUCAUCUUCUGGGAUGUCCUCCAAACCUUGCUCAUCCCCAUCUGGCCCCAGGAUCGGACGACCGUCAACGGCUUUCCGAUUGGCGACGCCUGGCCGCUGAGCACCCUACAGAAACAAUCCAAGUCCACUGACAGCGCGGACCACAUCCAACCCUUCCAUAAGCUCACGCAAUGGCUUACGUACUCGCUCAUGGUGCCCUUCCAACGGGUCCUCGGGAAGCAAUGGGUCAACGCCGAGUCCCUGACCGCCCUUCCCGAAUACCGCAACGGUGGGUUGUUCGUGGACCUAGGUGUCUUAUCCCUCAAAAAGGAGACGCUGGACAGAGGACUCGAGGUCUCCGGCCAAUCACUUCCGCUCUUCGACGCGGGAGACGAUGCUAUUGUCGAAUGGCGUGCCAUGACGCUGGUCCUGAUCGAUAUCUUGUACAAGAAGAUCCUGGAGAGAAUGGAGGGUGUAAGCUUAUCCAUGGCCCAGGUAUUGGAGGCAGGAACAUGGAAGUCGGGUCGUGAGGUGGCGGCACAGCGGAGACCAGAAACGAAGUCGAGCCCGAUCAUUAUUAAGAGUGACGGCACAGUGUUUUAAUAAGACUAGAGGAUUGGGAGACGCAUCUAAAUUGUCUCGGGUAAAUCUGAUUAUCAAUGCAACCUAACCUAAGCUGUAUUUAAUUACGCUAGGUCUAUGAUAUAUAGUCACCACGUGCU